ACAUGGCGAGUCCUCGAACCAGGAAGGUUCUGAAAGAAGUCCGAGUACAGGAUGAAAACAAUACCUGCUUUGAAUGUGGAGCCUUUAACCCGCAGUGGGUCAGUGUGACAUACGGGAUAUGGAUUUGUCUGGAAUGUUCUGGAAAACACCGGGGGCUUGGCGUCCAUCUCAGCUUUGUGCGCUCGGUCACCAUGGACAAGUGGAAGGACGUGGAGUUGGAGAAGAUGAAAGUUGGGGGGAAUGGAAAGUUCCGGCAGUUCCUGGAGAUGCAGGAUGACUACGACCCGUGCUGGAGCAUGCAGGAGAAAUACAACAGCAGGGCCGCUGCUCUGUACCGGGACAAGGUUGCUACUUUGGCUGAAGGACGUGAUUGGUCUGUGGAGACUUCAUCUGCACGAAACUGGACCCCCCCUCAGCCCAAGAUGAUGGGAAGUUCCUCUGUACGCCCCAGCGCUGGAUCAGCCCAGACGGGAUCCUCCUCGGGAGACAAAGCGUUUGAGGAUUGGCUGAAUGAUGAUAUGACUUCCUAUCAGAGCGGCGGGGGCGCAGGGAACCAGGAGAACAGAUACGUUGGAUUCGGCAACACGGUGAAUCCUCCGAAGAAAGAAGAUGAUUUCCUGAACAACGCAAUGACGUCACUGUACACGGGCUGGAGCAGUUUUACCGUUGGAGCCAGCAAAUUUGCCUCUGCCGCCAAGGAAAGCGCGAGCAAGCUGGGAACCCAAGCCACACAGAAGGUGAAAGAUGGAAGAAUCUUGGACGAUGUGACCAGUGGAGUGUCCCACCUAGCGUUUAAGGUGCAGGGAGCGAGCAGUAAGGGCUGGAGGGACGUCACGUCGUUCUUCUCAGGGAAAUCGGAGGACAUGGGGCAGAGCUCUGCCCCUGAGGGUGGCUACCAGCAGGGCAACGGGGACGGCUACCAAAAUGCCAGCUACGGCAAAUCCUUCUGGGAGACCUUCGGCAGCUCCGAGGAGAUCAAGAAGCCUUCGAAAUCCCCAAGCGGCGACAGCUGGACCUUUCCGGAAAACUCCACGGAGAGGAAGAGCUCGGAUAGCUGGGAGGUUUGGGGGUCCGGGACCACCUCCAACAAUAAGAACAGCAACAGUGAUAGCUGGGAGAACUGGGACAGCCACUGGGAUAAUACUGAGGGCAAGGGGGGCAAAAAAGGGGGCGAGAAGGUACCCGCCGCUGAGGAUGGGUGGGACAACAGCUGGUAGGGAGCAGCUCAUGUAGGGGGGGGUGUGUGUGUUUAGAUGAACCCCAAUAUUGCACCAAUGUCACCCCUUGGCCCUGUGUAUCUCACCUGCCUCACGUGGGGCAUUUCUAGCUGAAGGGGGGGUAAAUCUGGCGCUGGUUCCAAUAUGGGGUUCCAAACACACACACACGCAAGUCCCGCCCCGUGUGAGAUCCCGCAGUCUGCACCAUGACAGCCAUGCCAAGUACAGGACUGUCUGGGGGGGACUUGGGGGGUACGGGGAGCCCCCUAAAUAGCUGUAAUCUUGUGCAUCAUCUCACUGCCUCAUCGCCACCCUCAGUGUUUAAAGGGGAAGGAAAGUGAUUGACACACUCCUCAUCCUCACCCCCAAACCUAACGAAGCAUCUCUCUAACCUUCGGCUGGAAAUCUGCCCCCCCCCCCGUGGGUAGAUACCCCCCCCGACCCUCCGUGUGUGUUUUAUCCUUUGUUUUAUCUAUUGCUGUUGAUUUGUUCCCACGCUGCGCAGUCCUAAGGCUGAAGCCGCACAAGGGCCACUGGAGGGUUUCCAGGCCGACGGGGCCCCCCAGCACCAAUAGCUGGCAUGAACCCCUCUGCCCAAAUACCUCAGUGCAGCCUUCUGUGCUGCUGAAUCUGCCUCUCUUUACUUACUGGCUAUUACCCCUGGGGGGUUACAGAGCACUCCUGCCCCUUCUGCCCCCAGCUAUUGCACUACAGCGAUGGGUGUUGCAGUCCAACAAAACCUAUGGGGGGCAGCAUGUCCUUGGGAUAUGAAUAUCAGGUGUGGGGUAACCCAUUCAUUGCUGGACUGCAACUCCCAGCGUGCUGUUGUAGUUCAGCAACAUCAGGGGACCCUCCAGUGCACUUGAAAGCUAAGUUCCCCCACAUGCCUGGGUGGGGGGCCGCACCCUUAGCUUUGGCCAGUUGGGGGGGGGAGGCCAGAUUCCUAUGAAUGCUGUCUUACGGCGGGUGUCAAGGUGAGCCAAUCCCUUGCCCCGUCACAUUUACUAUGAAGAGAGUUUUAAACCCCCCCGGGAAUGUCAUUGGCAGACCCCUGGGACUCCCCCCGGGGGGGUUACAUAGGGUAUAUAUUAUAUAGACACUAUAGUGAUGGGCAGUCAUUGUGACCCUGUAUUAUAGAGACUUGCCUGUAGAACAUUCCCGGCCCAUAUUUAUGGCGCUGAUCUGCUUUCUGGGCUUCUCGGCACCGAUGGGAAGGGGCCACUUGGGGGGGGGGAAUAGAAAUUUGUGUUUUUAAUGGGUUUUAGAGCAUUGGGACCUGCUUCCUGUGGGGCCUGAAUUUUAAUAUUUUAUCUGAAUGGGGGGGUCCCUGUGUUUAGGGGGUCACAUCAGGUUUCUUGCUGAAAUAGGGGGGCAACUCCCUGAGUAUUUAUGGGUGGGAGGGGCAUUUUAUUUAUUUUAAGUGCCUUUUAAAGAAAAUGUGUUUAUAGUAGGGGGGCACAUUCACAAAGACCCCACACUGGCACCUACCCUUGCUAUUGCCCUACCCAGGGCCUUCCCCAUCGGUGCCACCGCCGCUCGGAAUCACAGGCUUUUAACGAUUGCCCCCCCCCCCCCCCCCCCUUUUAUUAUUUAUUGAUCAGACAUUGUGCCUCCGGAGAGCUAGGUGCCCUGACUGGGGUAGCCCUUAUGCCGGAGUCGUGUACCCCGAUAUUCUCAUAGCCGCGCUCCUUGUGAUGUCUGUGCCGCCGCCGUGUUUCAUGACGAGUAGCGACUCCCAGAAAAUAUAUUGUGCAAAAUAAAAUUCAAUGGAACUGA